AUGAAGGAAUCGCGUCUUUGGAUCCCGAGCCUCCUUCGUCAAACUCGAAUGGCGUUCCGAAUGGGUGGCGUGUUCAGCAUCGCCGUGUACCUUCUCGUCUGCGCGCUCGUCCACCUGCCCGACGUCCGCGCCGCG